AUGGCCAACAUUUGGCCUCAUUUAGUCUAUGCAUUGGCAUUUUGCUUGCUGGCUACUAAUUUAGUAGCUGCUGAUUACAAGCCUUACACUUAUGAUUCACCACCUCUGUCGCACUAUGUUUAUAAGUCGCCGCCACCUUCGGCGUUUGCACCACGUUAUUACUAUAAGUCGCCAAAUCCAUAUUGGUACAAGUCCUCACCGCCACCUUCUCCAUCACUUCCUCCUUACUACUAUAAGUCGCCACCACCUCCGAAAAAGUCGCCACCGCCUCCUUAUUAUUAUAAAUCGGCUCCACCUCCGAAAGCAUCCCCUCCAUCCCCAUAUUAUAAGUCGCCACUGCCACCAUCUCCGUCCCCUCAUCCUCCUUAUGUUUAUAAAUCUCCACCACCACCUUCACCUUCACCUCCUCCCAGUGGCGGACCCAUGAUUUUUGCCUGGGGGGCCCCGUUACUACGUCACUGCUUGGGCCUACCCUCAAAGGGGCUGGGUCCGCCCUUGCCUCCUCCACCUUAUGUUUACAAGUCACCUCCUUCUCCAUCUCCCUCACCAACUCCUUAUGUUUAUAAAACUCCACCUCCACCAUCUCCAUCUCCUCCCCUUCCAUAUGUGUAUAAAUCACCACCACCUCCUCCUUAUGUUUAUAAGUCUCCACCACCUCCAUCACCAUCACCUCCCCCUCCGUACAAUAACAAGUCUCCACCACCACCUUCUCCAUCACCUCCUCCUCCUCCAUAUGUCUACAAGUCACCACCACCUCCAUCACCAUCACCUCCUCCUCCUUAUAUUUACAAGUCCCUACCACCACCAUCUCCCUCUCCCCCUCCUCCGUAUGUGUACAAAUCUCCUCCACCACCAUCCCCAUCACCUCCACCUCCAUAUAUCUACAAAUCCCCCUCUCCACCACCUCCUCCAUAUGUUUAUAAAUCGCCUCCACCUCCAUCACCAUCACCAUCACCAUCACCUCCUCCUUCAUACAUUUACAAGUCUCCACCACCACCUUCUCUGUCGCCUCCACCUCUAUACAUUUACAAGUCACCUCCUCCUCCAUCACCAUCGUCGCCUCCUCCUUAA